CAAAACGUUUAAAAAAUAAUAUAGGGUUGGGGAUUUAGCUCAGUGGUAGAGCGCUUGCCUAGCAAGCGCAAGACCCUGGGUUCGGUCCCCAGCUCCGAAAAAAAGAAAAGAAUAAUAUAAAUUAGAGGGAGAGGGAAGACUUGGGGGUGGGGUGGGAGAAAGGUGGAGCAGACAUCUUACAGGGAACUUUGACAUUGAUGCAGAUGGAGUUGUCUGGGGGCUGACCAUCAGGGAGUUACUAGGAGAAAGCCAAAUUUCCCUAGGUCUGUUUCCACUGAUCUGUGACCCUGGGAGCUAGGCGAUAGGAUGCCAACUUCUUGUAACUUGAUUGUACAGACCCAAUCAAGUAAGAUGACCAUGCCGUUCUAGUGGCCACUCGCCCUACACCUCACCCCAGGAGUUACUUAGACAUUCUGCUUAUCAUAGGAAGCCACCUUUCCUCCCCUACUCUCUAGUCCCAUGAGCAUCCUAGAGCCCACCAUGUCCUUUCCCCAUCUUCCCUCACCUGGUGGGAAUGGGUGGUAUCCUCUCCAUUCACUGUCAGGGAAGGGUGCAUCCUGAGACAAGAGAAUCGAGAGGGGGGGGGAGGGGAGAAGGAACAGUAAUCACUAGGGAAACAGGCUGUGUAAAGGUACUGUAGCUAACGGGGCUCCUUCCAUGGGUUCAUAGCUGCUCCAGUCUUGAGGGCAGUGGGCCCAGAACCUGGUGAAAAGCCUUAGGACCACCGCCAGUGGUCUAGGCCCCGCCCAUAUAUUUUGAGGCUCUCCGGUGAAGGAUAGAAGGGUAAAGAGGUGCAGAGGUGGUGGGCCCAGUUUCUGGGGUAGUAGAAGUGUGCCAGAGACACCUCCACACCAGGGUUAAUCAUUUCCUACUAUCCACUAAACUGUGCGUGUGGAUUUUUUGUUUGUUUUGUUUUCUUGUGGGACAAUGUCUCACUAGGUUGUCCGGCUGGUUUUGAACUCUAUCUCAAUUCUCUUGCUUCAAGUCUCUCCAAGAGCUGGGAUUACAGGCAUGAACCAUCACACUCAGCUUCAAUUACAAAUCAGGAUGCAAUAAACACCUCUGGAUAAUCUUGCUUCCGCAAUCUGAUGCGCAGAGGCGCUGAGGGGUGGGGCGUCCAGGGCUCUGUAGGUAAACCUCCCACGCAUCCGUGAGGAAGGAGAAGGGCUACUUGCUGUGGGAGCGCCUGUGGAUACAGUCGUGGUGUAUUUUCCGUGGGGUGGCUUCGUUGUGAGUAGGGGCUUAGAUUUGGGCUAGAAUCACCGGUGAAGAAAAGAUACAAGCUCUGCCAGAGAACGUUGAGUCCACUCAAAGGGGUCUCCUAAGGGAGGUUCAGGAGGGUCUGCGUGGAGGCAGUGCGGGGCGAGCAGGCGGGGACAUGCCUCCUAGGUCUUGGAGUCAGUAGCAGAGGCUCGCUCCCGCACCACAGCGUCGGGUGGACUCAGGCUAGGCGCUCGCUCGCCUCAUUCGCCCACCUUGCAGUUCGGCCUACGACGCACGGCUGCGCCAGAAGGUGGCUGUGAAGAAGCUGUCUCGCCCUUUCCAAUCGCUGAUCCACGCGAGGAGGACAUACCGUCAUAGGACUUUUGGACGUCUUCACGCCGGCCACAUCCAUCGAGGAUUUCAGCGAAGUGUACCUCGUGACCACCCUGAUGGGCGCUGACCUGAAUAACAUCGUCAAGUGUCAGGCCCUGAGCGAUGAGCAUGUUCAGUUCCUUGUCUACCAGCUGCUGCGUGGGCUGAAGUAUAUCCACUCGGCGGGCAUCAUCCACCGGGACCUGAAGCCCAGCAAUGUAGCAGUGAAUGAGGACUGCGAGCUGAGGAUCCUGGACUUUGGGCUGGCACGCCAGGCUGAUGAGGAGAUGACUGGAUAUGUGGCCACACGGUGGUACCGGGCUCCAGAGAUCAUGCUGAACUGGAUGCACUACAACCAGACAGUGGACAUCUGGUCUGUGGGCUGCAUCAUGGCUGAGCUGCUCCAAGGAAAGGCCCUCUUUCCUGGAAAUGACUACAUCGACCAGCUGAAGCGGAUCAUGGAGGUGGUGGGCACACCCAGCCCUGAGGUUCUGGCAAAGAUAUCCUCGGAGCAUGCCCGGACAUACAUCCAGUCUCUGCCUCCCAUGCCCCAGAAGGACCUCAGCAGUGUCUUCCAUGGGGCCAACCCUCUGGCUGUAGACCUCCUUGGAAGAAUGCUGGUGCUAGACAGUGACCAGAGAGUCAGUGCGGCCGAAGCCUUGGCCCAUGCAUACUUCAGCCAGUACCAUGACCCUGACGACGAGCCAGAGGCCGAGCCCUAUGAUGAAAGUGUUGAGGCCAAGGAGCGCACCCUGGAGGAGUGGAAGGAGCUUACUUACCAGGAAGUCCUUAGCUUCAAGCCCCUGGAAACAUCGCAGCUCCCUGGCACCCAUGAAAUUGAGCAGUGAGGCAUUGCCUGAGGGGGGAGACCUAAGCCUGUCCCCUUUCCUCAGCUUGCUGGCUUUCCUCAAGAGGUGCCUCUCAGGCAGCCCUGACACUUAACCUGGGACCCCCUAGCCUUGAGAAGCUCUACACCUAUACACACGAAUGCACGGAUGUGUCUGUAACCCUGCUGUUAUGUGUCGGAGUCUGGGCAGUAGUGGACCUACCUUGGUCCACCCAGGUCCACCUCAGUGUGUGGGAUCCGAAUGGGUCCCUGCCCCUGUCCAGAUCUCUUCUGUUCUUGAGGACUAUCUGGAUUGGGAGGAAGGCAAGUGGGCCAUGGUCCCUGGAGACUCUGGGGGGAGGGAGAGUCACAGUGGUUGGAGAUGCUCAACCAGGAAGUGAGUAGCCGGAAAGCUGAGGCAGGCCCAGUGCCUCACCCAACUGAGUGGCAGUUUCCUCUGGGGAUGGGAAGGCCGAGACCACUAUCAGAUUAGCUAUCUAAUCAGAAAAGCCUGCUGAAGCUUUGUGGUUCCUGUGAUAUGAGGGUAAAUGGGUGUGAGUGUGCACCCUGGUAUACACAUCAGCAAAUGCAGGCAUGCGCUGGUGUGUAUGAAUCUGUGAGCACACAAGAGCCCGCAGCCAUUCUGGUAUGACGCCUAAGUUGGAGACACUCUUGCCUCCUCUCCUCCCAAGUUCCGGUUGUCUAAUGGGUCUUGUGACCCAACUUUGAACCAGGCUAAGGCUCUGAGAGGGGCCAAGAUCCAUUAGUUUAAGCAAACAUAGGGUAUAAGGAACUGCAGCAGGAUCCUGAGUCACAAAGGCACAAUGCCAGCUGGGAAUCCAAUGGAGUUGGUGGUCUAACCUCAAGGAUGCUAGGUGGCCAGCACCCACGGAUGUGAACUUGGACAUUCUCGCCCUGGGACUUUGAUUCAAAGCUGACAAAUGUCUGUCCACAUUCUACCUCCUCCUACCCUUGUAGCAGUGUGGUUAGGCUGGGGUGCCCUGGUUUGUGAGUCACCCCCUUGCCUCCCCAUCCCCCAGAGAGGAGCUGACCAAGUAACUUUUGAGGUAGGGCCCUGUUGGAAGACAUGUUGGGGGUGUGACUCCUCCCUGAGAGACGAUGAUCUCUUGCUAUCAGAGACCAGGGAGCUCUGGAUGUCAAGUGCCUGCACCAAGAGUGCACAAUAAAGGGGUUUCCCUCUUG